UUUUCUCAUUCAACUUAUUCAAAAUGUCCAUAUCAACAAUUCGAAGACAGGUGAAAAACGUGGCCUUGAAUUAUACAAAUGCACAGGUUAAACAAUGAUCCAUGGGGUCCAACAACAGCAUUAAUGUCAGAAAUUGCUGAUAUGACACAUGAUCCAAUUCAAUUUAAUGAAAUAAUGUCAGUAAUUUGGAAAAGGCUGAAUGACCACGGAAAGAAUUGGAGACAUGUCUAUAAAAGUAUGGUUCUUCUUGACUAUUUAAUUAAAUGUGGAAGUGAACGAGUUGCACAACAAUGCAAAGAAAAUAUAUUUUCUGUGGAAACAUUAAAGGAUUUUCAACACAUUGAAGAAAAUCGUGAUCAAGGUUUAAAUGUCCGAACAAAAGCAAAACAAAUGGUUGCCCUCCUAACUGACGACGAAAAACUAAAAAAUGAAAGAGCUCGUUUUAUGUUAACUCGGAAACGUUUUAUGAAUAGUGAAACUUCUGGAAUUUCCUCUGACGGAACGAGAAGAGCUGGGACAAGUCGUAGACGAACAAUCGAUUCUAAUGGCGGACCUGUCGAUCCAGAAUUUGAAGAGGCUAGGCCUUCCUCUUUGGGCGAAGAGGAAAUGCAAUUGCAAAUUGCUUUGGCACUUUCUAAAGAAGAAUGUGAAAAAGAACAAGAAAUGAGACGUGGGGAUGAUGUUCGAUUACAGAUAGCGAUUGAAGAAAGCAGACGUGAGAUGGCGGCAAGAUCUUCUAGCUUGAGUUCUCCCACAGGACAAGAUUCUCCACAAAAACCGAGCACCUCGAAAUCACAGGGAGCUCUAAACAAUUUACUUUCGCUCGGUCUAGACGAAGUUUUUAGCAAAACGGCAGAGAAUAACGCACUCAUAAAUAUGCAACAACCUGCUCAGAACGAUCCUUGGUCUCCUCGUCCAUCAACAACAAUUCCAAUGAUGGCUGGAGGGAUAGUUCCACCUUCCCUUCCAUUUAACGAGUCUACUUUAAUUCCUUCAUCUGCUCAAAAUGACCCUUGGGCAGCCCCAGCAGUUCAACCUGUAACGACUACAAAACUUCCAACAACAUCAGAAAGGUCCCAAGAAUUGGAAGAUAUUUUUGGAUGUUCUUCCCAAACAACAUUAAAUCAACCUUUACCUUUGGCACCAAAUAAUGAUCCGUGGGCGGCUUUUGAAAAUCAAAAUAUGCAAAAUAACAGCACCCCGACACAACAAAAUGGGACAAAAAUUGGACAACAACGUAACAAAAUAAAAACACCUGAAUCGUUUUUGGGAGAAAAUUCUGGUCUAGUCAAUUUGGAUAAUCUUCUUGGACCAACUGGUUCUCAAGUUCCUAAAAAGGCCACAAACCCUUUCCUAAUCGGUUCUGCCGCUUCAGCUGCCGCAGCAACUAAAAACAAUCCAUUUCUUGCAAAUGAACGUCCAUCCCCUUCGCUCAACGAAAUGUUACAGGCUAAACAAGGUGGUGGGGGUUUUGUAACAAAUGGUGGAAAUAUUUCUGGUCAAACUACUGCCCCAAGCAAUCCAGCACCGAAUAAUGCUUUUAAUGCGGCCGGUCUAAUUUAAAGAGAUAAUGAAUGAGAAGAUGAGUGUUUAAAUUAAUUUUGGAGGUUUAAAAGGAAUUUCGAGUCUAGACUUUUGAGUCUCGUUUGGGGUAAUUUGAGUCGAGUUUUUAAUUUAAUUGAGGUGGCCAUGAAAGUUUUUACAAAGGAAAUGAGACUCGAUCAACGACAAUAUGUAUGAACCGGGUUUCGGGACCUGUUUCCCGGUUUUUUUGAAGCAACCGGGAUGAAACCGGGAACGAGAAUUCCUGGUUCAUCCGGUCCGGCUUUCUCCCGAUCAACUUUCAGAACUCGUUUCUCGGACCCUGUUUUUUCAAAAUUC